UCCCAGCAUGCCUCGGCGUCACUUCCGGUGAGUGGGGAGUGCGGGAUCGGAAUCCUGUCACCGGGCUGCGGGCGAGUUUCCUGCCUGUCUGUGGGCCGCGGCUGCGGGGGGCGAUGCUCCAUGUUCGUGCAGGAGGAGAAGAUCUUCGCGGGGCGGGUGCUCCGGCUCCAUGUGUGCACCAUGGCCGGCGCCGAGUGGCUGGAGGAGGUGACGGAGGACAUGACCCUGGAGAGGCUGAAGGAGAGGUGCCUGAGACAUUGUGCCCACGGGAGCCUGGAAGACCCCAAGACCCUCACCCAUCACAAGCUGGUCCACGCUUCCUCUGAACGGGUUCUGUCAGACACCAAGACGGUCGCGGAAGAGAAUAUUCAGGACAGAGAUGUCUUGCUGUUAAUUAAAAAGAGGGCUCCGCCCCCACCGCCAAAGAUGGCCGAAGUGUCUUCUGAGGAGAAGAGGAAGCAGGAGGCCAAGGCCCCAGACAAGGAAGCUAUACUCAAGGCUACCGCAGGUCUACCCGCUCGCAACGCAGAUCGAACCAUCGCCCAUCACAAUACACGAGACUUUCAGACUGAGCUGCGGAAGAUUUUGGUGUCUCUGAUCGAAGUUGCGCAGAAGUUGCUGGCCCUGAACCCGGACGCUGUCGAACUCUUUAAGAAGGCAAAUGCAAUGUUAGAUGAGGAUGAGGAGGAUCGCGUGGAUGAAAUUGCAUUGCGGCAGCUCACAGAGAUGGGUUUCCCUGAGACCCGAGCAGUGAAGGCCCUCCGGUUAAAUCACAUGUCGGUGACGCAGGCUAUGGAGUGGCUGAUCGAGCAUUCUGAUGACCCAGGGGCAGACGCGCCUCUUCCCAGUGAGAACGCAUCAGAUGCUGCAAGUGCUUCGACCCAGACAGACUCCAGAGCCAGCCUAGGAGCCAGCGCGGAGGACCCGAAAGACGAGCUCACUGAAAUCUUUAAGAAGAUCCGGAGGAAAAGAGAAUUCCGACCUGACCCCCGAGCUGUCAUUGCUUUGAUGGAGAUGGGCUUUGAUGAAAAAGAAGUGGUUGAUGCUCUCCGUGUUAACAACAACCAGCAAGAUGCAGCUUGCGAGUGGCUGUUGGGAGACCGGAAACCCUCCCCGGAGGAUCUGGAUAAGGGAAUUGACACCUCUAGUCCUCUAUUCCAAGCCAUCCUUGACAACCCAGUUGUACAGCUAGGCCUAACCAACCCUAAAACACUGCUAGCGUUUGAGGAUAUGCUUGAAAACCCAUUGAACAGCACCCAGUGGAUGAACGAUCCAGAAACCGGUCCUGUAAUGCUUCAGAUAUCUAGGAUUUUCCAAACUUUAAACCGCACGUAGGAGGCGCCGGCCCCCCCCCCCCCCCCGGGAGACUCUCCAUGCUGUAUUGUGUCCUCGGACUUUGGGAAGUGCAAAUACCAAAACCUUAAUGAUUAUUA